AUGGUGCAAGUUACAGGUCCUACGCCGGUCUCAUGGUGUGACCGUUGGCAAUAUCAGGACCUUGAGGACCCCAUUUAUCGGCGGACAGUUUCCCCCAGGAAGCUCCCAAAGUCCUGGAUAUUGGUCUUGGUCCAACAGACCUCUAGACCCAAGGACUUUGCUUCAUUGUUAAAUGCAUCUAGAGUCAGCGAAACCAAGGUCCACCAUCCCGAAAGCACUGAAAAACGUCUUAGAGUAAAGAAAAUGGACCCCGAAAGCAGAACCAAGAAUCUCCACUUGUAUUUAGCAAUAUUGUUAGGCGACGUUAAAGAACUUCAGAAUUGCAUUGCAUCGGGGGCGGAUAUUGCAGUUGCAGACAAGUUCGGUGAUACUUUCCUUCAUUAUGUCGCGAAGCUUGGACACUGUAGAGCAGCCAGAGUGUUACUAGAAGCCAGAGUUGACCCCAAUGCUUCGAACGGCGCGGGUCAGACGCCUCUCCACUAUGCGGCAAGAGCAGGAAACGAGAAAAUUGUUCGAAUCUUACUCAAAAAUGGCGCCCACAUGCGUGUGUUGGACCAAGGGAGCCACACACCGUUGCACAUUGCAUCGCAACGCCAAAGAGUUAAAGCCGCGAGUGUAUUAUAUAAGAAUAAAACCACGGAGACAAAGAUCUAUCGUCCAAAGCGACUAAAUGCCAUGGUUGUGAAUGCUAAGAUGAAGUUCAGUUAA